UUUGUUGCUUGCUUGGUACUCCGAAUUGUUGUACAGUUUGUUUGUUUGUUUCCACUUUUAAGGAAUAAUGAGAAACGUAAUUGUUCGGGAAGUUAUUUUUGGAAGUUAACUAUCUGCACCUUGCAACGUGUCUAACAACAAACGCUACAGUUGGAGAAGAACCGUGGUCUCUCGGCCCCUCUUCGGGAGUAACGUUAUUGAAUACAUUACAGAUGGUCUUCACCUGAACUGAAGUCAAGCCACAUUUGGCUGUCACCUUGCUCCAUUCCAAAACAUGGCAGAGAGUUUUUACAAGUUGGAAGAUGAAGCCUUUCCCAGUUUCCUUUACAAGUCUUUGGACAGCACCAGUGGCCGUGUCACACUGGAGAAUGUGACAUUGGGUUCAGGCCCAGGACUUCCAGUGGCUGCCUCUACAGUGGCUAAAAUUAAACCUGGGUCUGACAACAGAGGAGAUCCUGUUGAAGCGUCAUAUCUGGAGGCCAGAGAGCUGCAGCAGGCCAACUCACAGUCAUCUGUUAGAGAACAGCCCAAGUUUGCCCUUAGCUUCAAAGAUGACUUGGACAAUGCGGAUGACUUCAUUGCAGCCCACCGUCUUUCAGACAUGCUGGUGAAGAUUCAUUUGGAUGAGAGCGCAUUUCAAAACCAAGCCUCCAUGCUGGGGCUUCCUCCCACACAGAUGGGCUCAGUCCACGGCCGGCCCACAGAACUUGGAACAGAUCUGUCAACAGGGCUUCUGACGUUUGCCCAAUUUGGACAUAAAGAUGGUACAGAUGCACAGGCUCAGCCCUUACCAGCUACAGCUAAGGAGGACAGUGUGCAGAGUGAGGGAGUGGACAGUGACCAUUUCAGUGGCAGUAUCUCAAGUUUCCUGGCAAAUGAGAAGCUCAUGUCUGUGGACAGCAUGAACAGCGAUAUCACAGAUGAUGACAUUGAUUCGAACAACCUGCCUGAUGAUGAGCUGGAGCUGUAUUUCAAUAAACUGGUGCCUCCUGCUAUGCAGAGAGGCAGAGUGGAGGGCCAGGAGAUUCCUGCAACACGACUGCCGGGUGCUACUAACCACAUAUCAAACCCAAGUUCUACAGAACCAGAACAGUAUAGACACCAGUUUCUUGAUUACUACAAUCAGGAGGAAUUCCAGAUGCCUAAUGUGCGUCUGGCUGCUACAGGUAUGGACUCCUGUCCUGCCAGUGAUGAGGACACAGAGGAUGAGCUUGAGUCUGCCAGAAGGAACAGCAAUGCUACCAGAACAAGGCUGCUGCCCAGCACCUCCAGACAACUGGUUGGAGAGAGUAACCGUCCCAGUUUCAGGCCAGGCUUAGAGGGAGGCAGUUCUGAUGAUGAGGCUUCCAGUUGGCGCGGCGAUCCAUCUCUGUCUGGGAUUGAGCACAGACGAUCUGCUGAGGGACAAGUCAUCAACCCUCCUGUCACAGGUACACAAGGUGAUGGAGGAGGUGGGGAUGGGAGCAGUGGGAGUGAGGAAAGUGGAAAUGACGGUGGAGUUUCGACCAUCCCUCUCCCAACGACUGUUGUCCAGACCACGUAUGAUGUCCUGCGUGGGCUGGGGAUUGUGGGGAGCAGUGCUGUUGAUGAGGAUUGCAGUUUGAAUCUGCCAGGACAUACUGAGAUGGGUGACCGUGUGGGUCCUGUAGGAAUAGGAGAGGCCAGCUCUUCUUUUGGGGCAUCAGGGGGAACUCAGAGGUUUUCUCCUGUCAACUGGAGCAUGGUCCUGGACCGACAGGAGGCACUGGUGCUCCUGCCAGAAUCCAAUGAUGAGCAGGAUGAUGAUGGAGUAGAUGAGCCUGAUGGUGCCAGACCUUCCUUGGGCUUAAGGGGAGGACCUUGUGGUGAUGUGACUGCUGCGGAGUCCUCAGGCAGUACCAGUGAGGAUGACAACAAUCCCCUUUCCACCUCUCUGGAGCCCAAGUAUUUCUCCCAGAGCUUCCACCAGGAACAGGAAGAUUCAGAUGAUGUGUGGAACAAUUGCCCAGACGAGUUCGAUUUUCAACAAGGUGCCAAUUCCACUCAUAAUGUUGUGUACCAGAAUGAAGAAGGGCAGUGGGUGACAGACCUGGCAUAUUACUCCUCCUUUGAGAAAGAGGUUGAUGGGAAGGCAUCCGAGAAUGUUGGCCAGUUUCAGACUGAGAACUUUGUUCCUGCCUGUGAUGCUUUGGAAAAAAUAGCUCAGGAUCAGGAGGAAUUUGAGAAGGAGCACCAAUUCAUGCAGGAGGAGAAGAUUGAACAAGCCAGCAGUAACGCCACCUUUCACAGUGACUCAUCUUGGAAGGCUCCCACCAAUAGCCACAUCCUGAUGAGGGCUUCCCAGGUCUCCUCAGAGUUUAAGCAGGGGGACCAAAGCUACCUGCGACUGAGUUUUGGGCAGUUUUUUGGACAACGCUCUGAAGCCUUGGGCUGUCUGGGCAGCACUGAUGAUGUGGAUGGGGUUAAACGGCCAUCCUUUGGCUACUUCAUUACAUCUCCAGAGAAAAGGGAACCAUUUCCCCUAAUUCACCACUCAGACCUCUCUGCCAGAGACAACUUUCCUCCCAAUGACACCAUGGAACUCAGCGAAGCGGACAAAACACUCAACCCAGAGGACCUGGACAAAACUCUUGAGGCACCAGGUGAAAGAAUGUCACCGAAAGGUGAUACAGAUCCAGAACCAUGUGAACAGGAGGUACAGGACCAUAUUGCUGCACUAUCUGACCACAGUGAGGACUCUGAUUCAAGCUUGGGUAACCAAAGCUGUGUGUCCCCCAACAAUAACAGCAGCCAUCUGAUGCUGAGUAUCAGCACAAUUGCUUCAGCCAUUGCUGAUGCGUCAAUUAGCACUGACCCAUCGCAGCUGGCUGCCAUGAUCAUGGAGCUGUCCAAGAGAAGUAGGGCGAGGAAUCGACCUGAGACUGCACAACCUGCUGGACCUUCUGUCAGCUGCACAGAGCAACCACAAGCAGCUAAACAUCUCCUCCCUGAGCCAGAUCAGAGCGACAUGCUGGAGACACUGCAGAGAAGCACCUGUGUUGGGGAGCUUAGUGCCUUCGACAUGGAGAAAUACUUGAAAAAGACUGAUCUGUCAGGCAGCAUGGAUGCCUCUGUGGCACACACUACCUUUGAUCUGACCGGCUGGGCUGACAACCUCAACAGCUCUCAAAGAAACCCUCAGACAGGAUAUCCUGAGGAACAGGGGAGCUCAGCUCAGCGAAUGGAUAGUGAGACUCAACAGAAUCCCGCAAAAGACGGAGGAGGAGAGCAAACAUUAAACACUAGCUCCUCUGCAGUGCCUCCUCCAAAUGCAUUCUCUCCAGGUCAUAAGGGUCACCCAAAAAGAAGCUCUAUUCCUCGUCCUCGUACAUCUUUCAGCUCUGCCAGUAGGUCUGUGGGAUCAGGGCAGUCUUCCACUGUCACACCUCCUGCAGACAAAAUGACCGCAUGUGAUAACUGUACUUAUUCUGCUAUCAAGACGGGUGGUUCCUCAGGCAGGACCUUCUCAGAAAAUGGAGUCAAGUCAGGAGAAGUGAACCCACAAGCAUCCAACAAUAUUAGGUCUUCCUUAGAAACAUCACAAAGGAGUGAUAAAGGUUCUGCUGUCUCACCCGGCUUGCCAAGAACCCCACCAGACCUGAGGAAAGGGAAGUCAGGCCUGCCUUGUUUUAAAGGUUCCUCUUCUCCGCAACAGAGGGUGAGGAGUGCAGGCCAGCAGCAGCAGGACAGACUGAGUAAUUCUUCAGAGAAGGAACUACCACCAAGCAAUAUUAUGGAUACUCCACUACCUCGUAGCUCUGUGGAGAAGCAUGUUGGCUUCUCUUCUCAGAACAUCCACCCUCCACAAGGCCCUGCAUCUGAUUUGCUGAAGGGUUUUUCUGAGCCCUGUGUGGAGGAGACGCAGUGCAACUUCAGACCAUCCACCUCUCCGCUUACUCACUCCUCUCCAAGUCAGACCUCCAUUCCCAGUGCUGAUAGUAUGGUGUCACCUGCGUCAUCCAGUGGUGGUCUAGCAGACAAACAUCCAGGUCUUGACCGCUCUCCUGAGUCUAUCUGCUUCAGCCCUAGUCUCAGCAGGCUUACAUACAUCUCAAUGAAUGAUAGCACUGUCGUGCCUUCACCUGAGAGGCAAAAGAAUAACUGUACCAUGGCACUGAGCACCACCAUCAUCAGAAUCAGUCCAACUCCACCUGUGGAACCAGAUGCUGACCUUGAUAUUCUUGGCCUGCCCAAAAACCUGGACCAGGUCAAACCAGAGCAUUCUAAAAGUCUGGACCAGCUACCAGCACAGCAGUGUAAAAGCCCGGAGCCCUCACAUAGUGCUUCUGGUCUGAGCUGUACUCGCAGCCAGAGUGAAUGUAACUACCACUACCCCAGGGACAGAACUGGUGAUCUUUCAGCAGAGUCCAGGAAACACAAGCACCUCUCUGAGUCCAAUGUAAGGCAGCUCACCAAAGUUGACUCAGGCUAUUGCAGUAAUCUGAACAUUCAGCAAACUAGCAACACUGCAACUUCUCAAAGCUCCCAGAAGUGGGGAGCUGCUAGCUCAGUGUCAACGUCAGUGUAUGCUAGUGGCCUUUGCAUGCCUCCAUCCUACUCAUCAGAGGGACUUCACUAUGUGCCCAUCCCCAGCUUUAAGCCCCAAUGUGCUGGCUUGAUUGACCUUCCCCACCAAGGAGAUAUGCAGUCCCUCCUGGCCGGACGCUCUGUCUUCAACCCGCAGCUGGCUCAGCAGUAUUUGGGACCUGAAGUUCCAAUACAUACUAGUUCUUAUUAUGUGGGAGCAACAGGAAACCGUCUCUACAGUGUGUCCUCUACAGGCAUACCCAACAGUAAUUUCACAGUGAGACAUCCCACAUCAGGUCCUCUGGGAAUUUCUCAGUCUCCUGGGUCUCAUCCCCUCCCUAGACCCCAUCAGGGCCAGCAGGACAUGGGAAUGAUGGGAAAACCCUUCAGUCAAUAUGGUGCAGAGACCCUGAUUGCAGGCUGUUUUGAGGAACUGAGAGGCCAAGUGGUUGUGCCAGAAGAACUGCGGUUCCCUCACAACUGCUGUGUAGGCAUCGCUUCACAAACCUCCCUCAGCCUCUUCAACCCCUCUGAGAGAUGGCAGCAAGUGUCAAUCACUGUCACUAACCUGGCCAUUGAUGGAGAAAAGGUGGAUAGCAUGCUGUACCAGUGGCUUAUAGUGAAGAACAAGACGAUCAUUGCCCCCAAGAGUACAGAGGAGCAGAAGGUGUUGUUCCUCCCUCCACAGGCUGGUGUCUACCAGUGCAUCUUCAGUGUUUGCUCCUGGCCUGCAUCCGCAGAGACAGAGGUUGCUGCAGGGGCCAACAUCUUUGCUAAAAGGGUGGUGCUGGUUGCCAUAGCAGAGAAUCCUGCACUAGAGGUUGAAGUAAGCAAAUCUGGCUGUCUGGAUUUUGGAGACCUUCCAGGAGGCAGUGCCAAAUCCCUUCCUCUUAACCUGAUCAACAGGACUCAUGCUACAGUGCCCAUCCGUCUGAUUAUCAGCGCAAACGCUUCAGCAUGGAGAUGCUUCACCUUUUCCAAGCACCCUGUUACCAUUACAUCUGACGCAACACAGCAAGCUGGACACAUGGCCCCAGUGUCUUCUCCCUCAGUGAUGAAUCACGUGAUGCAUGCCAGCUACGGAGAGAAUCCACAGGGCUUCAUGGUCUGGGUUCACUUCAAGGCGCCUCAGAAGUACACCGUUUCUUCAGGAGAGCUUGGUCCGGCUGAUGAGUACAUUGCUCGGGUGGACAUUGAAGUGGACUCUCCUGGUCCGAGUCAUGUGAUCAGGAGUAUUCCUCUCCGGGCCAGGUCUGGAACGGCAAGGGUCCAUGCUCCUAAAGACCUGCAGACUAUAAGCUUGUCAGCUCCACUGGGUAAAUCUAGUCAACAAACGCUGCCAUUAAAGAAUGCGGGAAACAUUGACGUGCAGCUGAAACUCAAGAGCAGUGAUGCUGAGGAAAAUUUCUCUGUGACACCUGAUGAACUGUCCCUGAGAAUGGGAGAGGAGCAAGGCAUCGUGGUCUCCUUCAAAGCACAGGGCAGCAAAACAUUUCAAGAGAGCCUUCUCACCAUCUUGGUGCUGCCAUCAGGUCCUCAGUAUGAGGUAACCCUAAAAGGAGAAGUUGUCCCAGAGGACUCUGGGAACCCUGCCAUUUCCUCUGCUGCUGUUUUUGGUCCUGGUGUUGCCAAAGAUUUUCCACCAAUUCUCUCUAAUAAGCAAUUUGUUGCCUGGGGAGGAGUCACUCUGGGAAGAGCUGUCCAACAGAAGCUGGUUCUAAGGAACAACUCGCCCAACGCCACACAGCAGCUACGGUUGCUUAUUCGUGGUCAAGACCAGGACUGUUUUCAGCUUCAGAGUAUGUUCAGUCCUGAAGAGCGUCUGACCCGGCAUGGGGAGCUGUCCAUUCGUCCCAGAGAGGACGUGACCAUCCACCUGCUCUUUGCUCCCACCAGGGUGGCUUGCAUGUUGGCCAAGCUAGAGAUCAAACAGUCUGGAGUCCGGUCUUCACAGCCAGGGGUCAAAUUCACUAUUCCACUGUCGGGUUACGGUGGGACUAGCAACAUAAUCCUGGAGGACCAGAGAAAACAAGCAGAUGGCUAUGUGGCUACACUGACUGAUGUCGCUGUUAGUCGCGUUAGCAAAGUGUGUCUGUGCGUGAGGAACACUGGCUCCAGAGCAGCUUUCAUCAAAGCUGUGGCCUUCUCUGAUGUGCAGACACGAUCAGUUAUGGAUUCCUCUGUCAUCAGCCUCGCCCCGUCACAGUUUGUACUUAAGGAAAGGACACAAGAGGUGAUCACAGUGUUAAUGAAGUCCACCCAAAGAGAACAGGUCUUAUGUCAGUCAGCCAAUGCACUGCUGGCUACUGUCUGUCUGUUUUGUGGAGAUGAGGUCUCCCGGCAGCAGUAUAGAAGAUUGCUUCAGAGCAAACCAGAGGCUGUGCGGAAGGCUCUGUCUGAAAACAGUCUACUAAAAAACAUCAACUUCAAUGAGAAGUUCCUUGGAGAAGAUAAUGUUAUAGAGAUCUACGACCUGCCCCAACGGCCCAAUGAAGCUCACAUUUUCUAUGGAAACAUGAGUAAGGUCGUGGUGUCGUUGCUGGGAAGUAACCCAAAGAGCACAGGCUGUGAGCAGAGUGACCACACUGAGCUGCUGAUGCCCUCUGCUAGACAAAGUUCAGAGACGGACAGUGGUUUGGCAAAUGGCAAUGUGUCUUUGGAUGUGCUGCCAGUAAAAGGUCCCCAAGGUCCAGCCCUGAGAGUGGCAGAGCCCUCUUUAAAGGCUUCAGAGUCAUUACAUAGGGAGUCUGAGUCCUGGACCAUCCAUCCAGAACAACUUGUCCUUGCAGCUCCCACCAUUGAUGGUGCAGCCACGACUUGUCAGGUUCAGAUCCAGAACAAUACAUCCAGAGAGCUGAGCUUUGAUUUGUCCUGGCCCGCUCACUGCCUCACCAUCACCCCACAGCAUGGAGUUAUCGAGCCUCAGUGCCACCUACAGAUUUUGAUCAGCCCCAACCCGUCACUAGCAACUAAAUCUACCCUGCUGCCAUGGAGUGGACAGAUUUAUGUCCAGUGUGACGGUCAACAGAAGUUUAUUAAGGUCCAGAUUCGUGGGGACCUGACUCUGGAUGUGUCCGUGGCCCCAGCAGACAAGAGUCUGUCAGCCCUGCCUCCUCAGGCAGCCACCCCAGUGCUGCCUGUGACUAGGCUCACCGCUCAAACCCUGGUGGAGAUAAGCAACAAGACCAUCAUGUUUCCCUCCACUUCAUCAGGGGAAACAUCAGAGGCCCAGCUGGAGGUGCGCAAUGGGGAAGUGGAAGUGAGGUGGUACCUGUCAUCAUUUGCUCCUCCAUAUGUCAAGGGGGUUGACAACACUGGAGAUGUUUACCGGGCCACUUACACUGCUUUCAGAUGCUCCAGGGUCUCAGGCACUCUGGGAGCCCAUGAGAAGAUACAGGUGCCUAUUACUUUCCUGCCCAGGGACAGAGGAGACUAUGCCCAGUUCUGGGACUUGGAGUGCCACCCUGUGUCUGAGCCCCACCAGAAAACCAGAAUUCGUUUCCAACUCUGUGGCACUGGAAUAAAGUCGGGACCAGUGGAAGGACCACAGGAAGGAGACUGCUCUCUGGUGAAGACAGAGGCCACAGUCAAGACCAGGAAGAGAGCGGAUCCCUCAGCAGGCAAAAUCAGUCAGGAGGAGGCUGUGCGGAGGGGUGUGUAUUCGCCACAGGAUCUAUACACCUUCCCAGCCACACGAGUGGGUGAAUCCAGCACUCUGAAGGUUAACAUCCGUAACAACUCUUCUGAUACGCAUGAGCUGAAAUUUGUAAACCCUAUGGAGCCCUACCACAUCAAGCACUCCAAAUAUUCCCUCAGAUCCCAGCACUAUCUGAAGCUACCCGUCCAGUUCAAGCCCAGUACUGCAGGCAGACACACUGGCUUACUGCUCAUUCAGCCAGAAACAAGUGGAAGUCUUGUUAUUCAGCUGAUUGGUGAUGCAUUGCCUUGAAUCUACCAUCCUACGCCACCUCCUCAGGCUGGCUGGCUGGCUGACUGGCUGGCUUUGGGUGAAUGCUCUUCCCUGUACUAUUUUGAUCAUGGGACAGACUAGAGUAACGGAGAAGAAAAGACAAAACUGCAAACUGGGUACAAAUAAAAGCAAUCCUUCAACAUGAUCAUAUUUGGCAAUAUGUGACUGGAGAUGACUGAGACUCUCCUGCCAACACAGCCCUGUCUGCCUCUGGAUGUGGCACAGGUGUCCUCAGCUGGCCAAUGAGUGCCUGUUUGUGCCUGGAGCUGAAUGAUUUUGUUUCACAGAGCUAAUGGUUUUGUCACUUCACUCUGGAUCUGGUAUUUGCCUUAUCUGUGAGUCAUGUCACAAGGCAGCAUUGUUGUUGCCAUGGCCCCUGCCAGACAGCACCAGUCGGGGAUUACUUUUCUUUAAGUUGGUCUCACAGGAAUGCCUUGGUCUUUUUUUUUUUUUUUUU